AUGCAUCCUUUUGCCUUCCUGACUGCUCUUUGCUUGGGAAUAGUUUCAGCUACUAUAGAGCUUGAUCAAAGUUUAGAUGAACAGUGGAUCCAGUGGAAGGAGACACAUGGGAAGCAAUAUGGCAUGGUUGAAGAAUGCAGAAGAGCAGUGUGGGAGAAGAAUAUGAAAAUGAUUAUACAGCACAAUCAGGAAUACUAUCAAGGGAAACACCGCUUUUUGAUGGCAAUGAAUCGCUUUGGUGACAUGACCAAUGAAGAAUUCAGGCACAUGAUGAUUGGUCUUAAAAUGCAGAAGAGUGAGAAUGGGGAAGUGUUUAAAGUCCCCUUCUGUGCUGGCACCUCUGUACCUGUCGAGAGAAAACAGAUGUCCACUGUAAGUCCUAUUGAGACCUUUAUAAUUUGUUUCCAGGGUCGGUGUGCUUCUGGCUGGGCUUUUAGUGCAGCUGGUGCCCUUGAGGUACAGAUGUUCCGGAAAACUGGCAAACGUGUUUCCUUGAGUGUGCAGAACCUCCUGGACUGCUCUUGGCCUCAAGGCAAUGAGGGCUGCAAUGGCGGUCUAAUGAGCAAUGCCUUCCAGUAUGUUAAGAACAAUGGAGGCCUGGACACAGAGGAAUCCUAUCCAUAUGUUGCAAGAGAUGGACCCUGCAAAUACAGGCCUGAGCAUUCUGCUGCCAAUAUCACUGCCUUUCACACAAUCCCUCAGCGGGAGAAGAUCCUUAUGAUGGUACUACGAAAGGUGGGGCCCGUCUCUGCGACUAUUGAUGCAAGCCUGGAUACCUUCCGGUUCUAUAAACGAGGCAUUUAUUAUGAUCCAAAGUGCAGCAGUGAAGACCUGAAUCACGGUGUUCUGGUGGUUGGCUAUGGCUUUCAAGGAAAAGAAUCCGAUAACCAAAAAUAUUGGUUUGUCAAGAACAGCUGGGGCACUGACUGGGGCAUGGAUGGCUACAUAAAAAUGGCCAAAGACCGGGACAACCACUGUGGAAUCACCACCAAGGCCAGCUUUCCUAUCGUGUGAGACGAUGGUGAUGAAGAAGGCCUUGACUGGCAACAGAAUAUCCAGGAAAUGGAUUUUAUUGUAGAGUUGAUCACAUCUUAUUGUGGGGGAUAAAACACUUGAAUCACUGAA